AUGGCCGGGUUGAAUAUGAUUUCUCCAAAGGUCAUCAGCAAACUUCAGAUAGCAGACGAAGAGCAUGAGGUUACUGGUACGUUUCAAGGGAUCAACCCCCGCAGGAGUCGCCCCAAGGGGAAGAUCACGUUGCCGGUAACAUUUGGGGUAGAGUUGAAUUAUCAGACUGAGAACAUCAUUUUUGAUGUGGUCGACCUACCCCUGCCAUACACUAGAAUCCUUGGUCGCCCAGCUCUGGCCAAAUUUAUGACGGCAUCCCACUAUGCCUACAACACCUUGAAGAUGCCAAGGCCCAUUGGCGUCAUUUCCAUUCCGUCAGACGAGAAGGAUGCAAUCAUCUACGUGGACAAGAUGUACCGGGAGGCAGUCGCGGCAGAGGCCGCUGAAGCUACUGUCCCCGCCAAGGAAAGUAAAGGAAAGAAGAAAGCCAACAGGGACACUGAUUCGUCACCAACGUAUCUAUAA